AUGUUAUUGUGGUUAAAUGGAAUGACUAAUACAUCUAUAAAACAUCCAAUGGACACUAUGAUGGAUGAAUAUCAUGCUAAUCCAAUUAAUAUCGUACCUCUAUUAGCAGAAGAUGAAUUUUUCAUAUAAGCAAAGAAUCUUAAUCCAAAAGUGAUAGACUUCAUUAGAUAGCAUUAAAAAAGCAUUACAACAUAACUCUUAGAUUUAAUUGUACAAUAAAUUGAUGAGGUUACAGAAACAAAUCAUGAUCAAGUUGUUGUAUUUCCAAUUCUAUCAAUUGAAUUUUUUGAACUUGAUCUUCCACCCUUAACUUAAAUGAUUCUCUAAGAAGUAUAAUAUAUAAUUCUUAUACUUCUUAGACAGCAAUUCAAACUCUCUUCGCAGGAUUACUAAAAACUCCAGAUCAAAUACAUGAACCUUAAUGGUCAAAUAUAUAAAGAUUAUUUGCUCUUCUUUUAUCCAAAGAACCUAAAUUAGUUUGUUAAACCAUAUUCAAAUUUGAUUUACUUAAAUUAUUUUUAAAUCAUCUUGAAUCAGCCACUGUUAAUAGUAUCCUUAUUUAAUUAUUCAACCCUGAAUAUGCAAAUUUUGAAGAGAAUAAAUUAGAUCUUCUUUAAUUAGGUUUUCAAAACUUUGAAUUAACGGAAGAAAUGAGUGUUCUUAAUUUUACUUAUCUCAUUCAUGAAAUUAUGACCAGAUACUUUUCAAAUGAUCUAUGUGAAAAACUUGUUUAAUAUAUUGUCAGCAAAUAAAUUAUACUCUAAAUGUUUUAAUGUCUUAGAGUUAAUCAUGAUAAAUUAUUCCUUGCUAAAAGUUCAGCUCAUAUCCUAUCACUUAUUUCUAAUUAUUAUUCUUAUAAAAUGCAAAAUAUUAAUAUUUUUGAAGAAAAUAUCACCCAAAAACUUAUGGAUGAAAAUUCUGAAAUUGCUUAUCAUUAUCAAUUAACACUUGAUUUUGAAUAAACUGAUUUUAUGAAAACCUUUAUAAAUGAAAUGAAUCUAUUUGUUGAAUCAUUUAAUAAAAUCUUAGAAAAUGAUCAUUUAAGACUCAGAACAUUACGUCUAAAAUUACUUGAAAUUUUUGAUAAUUUAGCAAGAAUUUCUAAUAUUAAAUUAUGGAAAUAAAUGAAUUAAUUAAAAUUAUUCAAUCAAAUUGUCUAAAUUUACUUUAAAUAUUCAAAUUCUGAUAUAUUUCAUUCAAUCUUUGAGAAAUUAUUACUAUAUAUACUCAAUAGAGCUAUUAGUGAUUUUCAUCCAUAUUGGUGUACCAUAUUAGUAGAUGAUAUCAAUAUUUAUUCAUUAAUUUCUGAAAAAAUUACUUCAAAAAAUACAAUACCAGGUUAUAUUUAUUUAUUAGCUAAUCAUUUAUCAUGGUUUUAGAAAGAAUUGAAAGAUAAACUAGAUAUUGAUGGAUCUCUAGCCAAAUACUAUCAAUAAUUAAAACACAUUGAUGAAGUAAUAUUGUUGAAUGAUUAAUGGAGAAGAGCUAAUCCAAUAUUUAAUAUAAUAUUUUAAAAGAAUCAAAUAUAAUUAGGAACAUCUUAACCAGGAAGUGAAUCAAAUAUACCUAUAUCAUCAGAACCUGUAAUACAUAAUGGUAAUGAUCAACAAUUAACUAAUGUUAAUGCUUAAUGUCUAUUUAAUAAAGUUAAAAAUAAUAAUUAAUCAAAUAUUGCAUGCAUUUCUGGAGAUUAACCACCUGAAUUUGAAAGUCCUGAAAAACUUGAAGAUUAAACAUAAAACAUUUAACCAGAAGAAUAUGAGUAUGAACCCAGAAAAUCACCUGAAAAAUUAAAUAUAUAAGUUUCUCCAAAAUAAGAUGAAUUUCAAGUACCUACAGAUCUUCCUUAAACACUUAUUUCUUAUAAUUAAGAAUAAAUUAAAGUAGCUGAUUAUAAAUUUGUUGAAGGUGUUUAUUUAUAACCUACUUCUCCAACCAAAUCUUAAUAAUAAUCGGAAUUAUCAUAAAAUAAUUAAGAAAAACAGAAUAUCAUUUAACCUAAUAGCGUAGAAUCUAGUCCUGAUACAAACUAAAAUGAAUAAAAGGUUGAAAUUAUGUCAAUUAGCUUAUAAGAUUUUGUUUAACCUAUUAAUAAGCAUAAAUUCUCUAGUGAUAACAAAAAUUAAUAAUUAAAUGAAAAAUUACCUAGUCCAAAUAAAAAAGUAGAAGACAUCAUUAAAAAAUAUUCUAAUAUGUCUAAAUCUGUUACAUUUGGAUAAGCUAAUUUUGGAAAUAAUAAGCCAAUUGAUAAUUUAUCAUUAAAAAGGAAAAAAUCUAUGGAAUCUUCUUUAAGACUUAAAUAGUUAGAUUAAGUCUAAAGUGAAGACUUUAAAAUUCUUAAGACAAAUAAAGAAGUUACUAAAAUAUUAACAAGUGAUAAUAAAAGUAUUUUAAUGGUAGAUGAAUUGGAUAAAGAAUAAGAAGUUAAUUCAUUAAGGGAUAGUUUAGUUAACAUUAAUAAUAUGAGUUUUUCUAGUACUUCAAGUAAAAGAAGAACUAUCAAAUUUAAAAAACCAAAUAAAACCAAAUCAAUUGGAUAAGAGGUCAACCUGAAUGUUUCAAUUCCUGAAGAACUAUAAGCAAAUAAAGGAAUAGUAUUUUCUUUAUCAAGUUCUAAUUCAUUAAGAGAUUCUUUUGUAAGUAAUUAAAGUAGUAUUACUGAAGAGAAAAAGUUUAGAUAAGCAAAUAAGAAAGAUUAAAAAUUUUUAAAUUAUAUAAGAAAUAUUAAAUGA